AUGGAAAAGGGCGUCAAGGGCGAUGUCGUGGUUUUCGGCGAUGAGGAUCUUGAGCCUGAAGGUGGUAUCUGUGGAGUAGCUACUCCUGGUGCUUGGGCCAACCAAGCUCAUCUGCCAUAUCUGUCACAUACGUCCAAAUACAAGAUCGUUGCUCUGGCAAAUUCCAGUGUUGCAGCUGCCGAAGCUGCCAUCAAAGAACAUAACCUGCCAGCCGAUGUCAAAGCCUAUGGGUCGCCAGAAGACAUAGCCGCUGACCCCGAUGUCGACAUGGUGGUGGUGAGUGUGACUGUUACCAAGCACUAUGAGCUUGUCAAGCCUGCCUUAGAAGCCGGCAAGACAGCCUUCGUCGAAUGGCCGCUGGGCUGCAAUACAGCUCAAGCAGAAGAAUUGACCGAACUUGCAAAAAGGAAGAAUGUGAAAACGCUGGUUGGUUUACAAGGUCGGCAGACCAAUAUCACCCGGACGCUCAAGGAGAUUGUUGCCAGUGGCAAGCUGGGCAAAGUGCUCAGCUCAACGGUGGUGACAGAAUCGGGGUUCUUCGACCAUGAAAUUCCCGUCAAGAUGAAGUACUUCACCGAGGCGAAAAAUGGAGGCAACAACUAUACUAUCCUCUUCGGGCAUUUUGUCGAUAGUUUCGUUGACGUGCUGGGAGACUUCGAACAUUCACAAGGGAUUCUAGCCAACCAACGACCAUUUAUCGAUCUUGUGUCGGAUGGGAAGAAGGUGGAGACUGUCCACAAGGACAUUGCCGAUCAUAUCCUGGUGCAAGGGAAGCUUAAGUCUGGGGCGGUAACAUCAAUAUCGGUGAGGACUACCCAUCAAGCUGUCAAACGAAGAGACUCUAACCCAAUCCAGCUGCGAGCAGGGAAACCUCCUCACAUGACGUGGAAGAUAUUUUUUGAAAGAGGGGAAGUUUCUUUGGAGGCUCCGGGCCCCUCAGUCCAAUGGAGUUACGAGAAAGACAUGUUGGCCAUCAAACAAUUUGAUUAUGCAACGGAAAAAGUAGAAACGAUUGACGUGGCAGAUAUGGAGCUGGAAGACAUCAAGACACCAUCAAGAAUGAUUGGCCGAGUCUAUGAAGCGUUUGCAUCAGGUAGAGAAUAUCCAACAUUCGAACACGCCCUGGAGAACCAUCGCCGGCUUGACAGGAUUGCCGAGAGCGCAAUACAUCUGGAGAGGGAGUUUGCGGAAAAGUGCCCAGAGCACGAGGAGGCUAUCCUAGCAUCCUCCCGUACCACGGAUGAAAUACAGCAGCCAUUCGCACCUGUUCCGCCCGGUCCCCCAAUGAUCAAUGUCCAGGAAGAAUUGCUGUCAAGGCCGAAGUCAAAGGAACUCAGGAGAAUGCCCCAAAGCUAUCGUGACUUGAAAGCCGCUGGAUCUAAGGAUCAAGUCUGCUCAGAGUUGCUAAAGCCAUCCCUGAAAACACCCGAGUUGCUGCCCAGUCCUCUGCCCUCGGAGGGUGAUGAUAAUUAUAAUGGCUGCUUUGCCUUCCGAAACCCGAAAGAGGCCGGACCCAAUCCAACCACCUUUGUGGAAAGCUCGUAUGAGUUCGAGGGCAUUGUCAUGGGCUACUGCGAAGACAAUUUCCGUGAACGCGCCUCACGUUUCAGAAGUCCUUUGGUUGGUGGACUUGAACGACAACGGUGUCCUGCCACAACCCCUCCCAAGCAGCCCGUGGACUCUUAUACAUCCAUUUUCAUGCGAACUCCGCCCACGUCAAACAUGUCUGCCACUUUGAGAUCUCCCAAAAGAGAGCGAUCCGCUAGCUUGUCCAGUGAAGCAACAUGGCUAUCUAAGAGUUACUCCAGUCAGGACAGUUCGACCUGCUUUGGCCAGCUUGAGAGAAUCAAGACGAGUGAGACGCGGCUUGCUGAGAAGUCAAGACGAUGUUGUCAAAUUGUUCCAGGUCCUAUCGACGACUGGCCUACUACAUCUUGCCCAGGGGUACGGAAGGCAUGUUAUGCUACAGUCAUUAACCCUGGCAAGGCGAGUGACAUUUGGGUGCCCCGGCCGAGUCCAAUGAAGUCACGGUCAACCAAUCGUUCCAGUCCGGGCGAGUCCCAACAUGUGCCAGGAACACCGGAAAGGAAGCUCUUCGAAAUCUCAGCAUUCAGCCCUUGGGAUUCACCUACAGAGCGUCAGUCUAGCGCACAAUACUGUGGAGACACAAGUAGCCCAUUCGCCAAGAUAGCCAGCUAUGGGAAUCUCAAUUGCCCGUUCAAACAGUCCACGCCCAGCAGAAGCACAGUGUUACCACCACGGAAAUCUUCUCUGAGCGCAGCCCUCCGCAUGUCUCCCAUCUCCGUAUCUCCCUCCUUCAGCACGUCAACCUUGGCAUCGGUAAAGAGUCCUUCUGAGAGUCUGUCCCGCUCAGCCGGUGGAGCUCAGCAGGUAGUACACCCAGAAUGCGAAGCCUGGGCUAAAUGUGAAGAUAUUGCCAGGAUCCUCGACGACCUUGAGCGAUCUGUAAAUGAAUAUCCUUCGGGCCUUCUUCAGCUCGACACCCCAGUUGUACUUCAGAUCCGGCACCCUCAGUCACUCGACGAAGUACACAUGAGUUGCCUUAGCAAAAUCUUUCCCGCGGUCCACGCCCAACACCUCUCCGCUCUCGCCGCUACGCUUAUUGCACAAUCCUACCUGACAAGAUUGAGUCCAGAUGCAGAACAGUCUAUUUCAAUUGCCAGUCUCGCCGCGACUUCUAACCAAUUACCCAACAACAUCACCACGAAAACUGGGACGACGCUUGGGAUCCACUUGGCUGAUGUUACGUCAGUACAUGUACCGGCACAGGCGCUGCGGAAGAGGGCAAUCGUUGUUCAGGCGGCGCUGCAUGUCAGCGUGAGGAAGAUUAUGAUUAUGACCUCCAACCCCAACCACCACUUCAUCCCGCUCGACGUCACCUCCUGGAGCAGCCAGCUCUCCUUCUUCGAGGACGCGGUGCGGCUGAGCCCCACGCGCGGAAUCGACUGCGUCGUCGCCAACGCUGGCAUCAACCUGGCGGAGGAGAGCCUGACGUUCGAAAAGCCGCCGGACUACCACAGCCAGCUCGUCACUGGUGCUCAAGGCAAGAAGCUCGCACCUCCUGCACCCCCGCAGUUCAAGACCGUAGACGUCAAUCUCACCGGCGUCCUCACGACGUGCAACCCCAAGCCCGACCCCAACCGCGGCCCCAGCACCGCCAAGCCGGAGGUGAACAGAGACCGACAUCUCCUCCUCAUCGCGUCCAUCGCGGGCCUCUGGCCCCUACCGACGCAGACGCUCUACUCGGUCAGCAAACACGGCGUCGUGGGUCUGUUCCGCAACCUGCGCGUCACCUCGCCCGUGCGCCACGGCAUCCGCGUCAACAUGCUCUGUCCGUAUUUCACCGCCACGCCGAUCUUGGGCACGGCGGGCAAGCUGAUGCUGAGCGGAGCGGCGCUGGCGGAGAUGCGCGAUGUGGUGGAUGCGGCGACAAGGUUGGUGGCCGAUCGCACGGUCGUGGGGAGGGGGUUGGCUGUGGGCGCGAGGGCGGGAGCGGGGGACGCGGAAUCAGUGGGCGGUUCGGCUGGGGAGGGCGAGAGCGGCGUGUGGGAGGUAUAUGCGCAUGAUUUUGAGCAGAGCGAUGUCUUUUCGAGGAGGGUGUUGGCCGUUACGAAUUUAGUGGCCGGGAGGAGGGGGUGGGUUGGGGUGUUGAGCGAUUUGGGCUGGGCUUUGGUUGGGGAGCCGGUGACGAGGUGGUGGGGAGGGAGAUGA